AUGAACGCCUUCAUUUGGGCGGGCUCUCAUUCGAAACGGGAUCUCGUCCCCGACGCUCCAAUCCGCGCUUCCGGGGUUUUUAAGAUUCGUUGCUGGAGUCGUAGCUUCACUCCCCCAAUGGCCCAUCAAACCAGUCUGCCCAUGAGUUCGAGGGAUUUGAAUCUCAAGAAGUCCUUUAAACUCGGGAUUCGAUCUCUACUCACAGCAUUCUCCAAAGAGGAUGUGCACAAAGCAUUUUCAACAUUUACAGAUGCUGAAAGAGAUAGCCUAUAUCGCAUGUGUAUUCAGGUCAUCAAAUCGUUGCAUGAAAAUAUAGAGGAGGAGUUUGAGUCUAUAUGCCAUGAAACAGAGGUAGGUACGACUCUUGACAUGGUAGAGCAACUAGCGGAAGAGCAUCAUCUUGACAUUUUAUCUUCAGACAAGACGAACAUAGAAGAUAUCGGAGAGAAGAUAACAAAAGCAAAGAAGGAUGAAAUUCAACAUUUGACAAGUCUGUUACAAAGGGCUGAAGAACAAAAUGAUAAUAUGAAGGCUCGCAUUAAAUCCCUCAAGGAGAGGCGGAACUUCCCAGUCACUGCAGAUGCCGUUGAGAAGUUGAGAAGCUGGAAUGAGAACUAUGAACGGUAUACUAGCAAUUGAACUGCUCCCAGCCUUCGUUGUUAUAGUAUCUUCCUGUUGUAUUUGAUGUACUUAGUUAUUAUAGUAUCUCCCCGUUAUAUUUGAUAGACUUCCAUGUAAGUGCUAAAACAAGCUUAAGCCAUGAGAAAACUGGUGCUAAAUUCUUCUAUGGAAUUCUAUUUUCACCAUAAAACAAAAUAUUUGCGAGUAUUAGUAGUGGGGCAAAA